CACGUUAAUAUUUACUUUCAUACGCAGCCUCCGUUCGCGGCAGUCCAUUCCCGUCUGUAUCGUGUUCACUGUCUCGAACCGGCUGAGAGGACUCACGGUGAGUCGAUGUCUCGGAUCCCCUUGACGCGAUACUUCGAUCGACGGCGAUCGAAGAAAUUCGCCGCGGAGUGUGAGACGAAUAAAUUAUUUGUGAAUACGUGAAGAGUGAAUAAAGCGGCACUAUAAUUUCUCGCGUCGUUCGCUUCUACCGCAAGUGUUGCAGAAAUGUUUUUGAUGUUUUGAGAUAAUUCAUCAGAGAUUGUUAUACAUUCGGAGCACUCGUCGAUAAAAGUGAUUGAUCUACCCGAGUUGGAUAAAUGGCUGUUUCCGUCGUCGACUCUUGAGAACGAAAUUGUCGAAUUGUCGAAAAGACGAUAAGUUAUAUCUUCUUUAUUGAUCUAUUCAUGCCUUACAUAUAAUUGACGAUUCAGAUAUCAAGAGGAUUGAAGAAAAUUCUGAUUCUGUGCCAUCGUCAGAUAUCAGAUUUAUAUUUUUUACGAUAAUUUUCGUUAUGUUAUAAUUUUUGAUAAAAUAUCAAAAAUAUUAUAUCUACUAAAAGAGUUACGUAAGAGAAAAUUUUCCUUUACGAGGCAAUUGACGUCUUAGAGUGCGUAAAAAAUUAUGCUAUUUCUUUUUCCAUUUGUAACGAACGCGUUACAGCGAAAUUUGAUCACGGCUAGAAGCUGAUAACGGUAUAUUCGAUACGUAUCUGAUAUAUAACGACGCCUAAACUGGGACGACAGUGACAACUUGCCGAGGAUACGAGCGACUGACUGUCAAUCAGGAUAUUAUACAUGCUUCAGUGCAGAUUAAGUGAUUCAUAUUAACGGCAUGGACUAUGAUAGUGUUCUCCUAAUUCGUGAGCGUUUACGACGCCGUAUUCUCGCAAUUUCUAAUAGGAUAUGCGCCAAGGUGCCUUACUUGCCGCAAAUUGUUUCGCCGCCGGGUCAUUACAAUAUAUAGCAGACGUCACGUCAUACGGCAUAAUGGCCGAUGAAUUGCAAAAUAGCCGAACGCUUCACCACGUUUGCUCAUCGGCGAUGCUAUCGAUCUCGGGCGAACAGGAAGACUUUCUAUGAAAUCCGUUAUUACCAUAAGGAUCGUAGCCGACGUCAGCGCGAUCGUUAAUGUCAAGAAAGAUAUUUCCCGCCGACGAGAAUUGAUAGAAAAUCGAGAGACCGCAAGGCGAAAGUUUCUCGUACGUCGUCAUGUAAUUUACGUCCUCAACCCUAUCGGAAAUUGCGAAAAAUUACGGAACAUUACUGUGGUAUUCUUCUAAACUGCGACAAGAAGUCAUCGAUAUUUUUCCCUGACGUAAUCGCGAUGCUUCACGAAACAACAAUGAAGAUGAUCCAUCGCAAGCAAUAUUUAAGUAGCGUUGAAUGACGCGAGAACGAAUGUAGACACUCUUCAGCCGCGUGCGAUUCUUAGAUAGAUGACCUAAUAAUCGUUCAAGGACAACUCGACGUGUUGCAAGAUAAUCUACAUCGUCGACAUGAGGAUCCGCUACGUGCCACAGGAUAUCGGGAACUGCCAUAGACGUGAGUCUAAAAGCAGAUCCUUACCUAAAACUGCUCGACUAGAACGGAACCGCAAUGUUCGAGGUGAGUUUAGAGAGAGGAUUUCUAUGAAACACACAAGCGACAAUGCCCAUAUCCAUUUCCAGAGAAGUAUACGCCUCUGUUUCUUUUUCAUUUUGCACGAAACAAGCACGCCUACGAUGAACAAUAGCUCAUGGAAUGGCCAUGGAAAUGCAUUAUCGCAAUUGUUUGUAUUGCGCUUUAUGUCGUCGUGGGUAGGAAAUAUUAUUUUUGCGCGUUCACUUGUGAAACCAGGUAUUACGCGGCGAUAAUGCAGACAGAAAAUCGAUUAAAUCUACCGUUUAUUUUCGCACUUCCUAUUAUACGUUGGAACAGAACGUUAAAACAGAAAUAGCGAUAUAAUCCACGUAUUCUAUUUCGAAGAGGGUAAUGCACUCCUCCAGCCAGUUUGAUAGCUUUAGUUGAGUUGUUGAAAUUAACAAACAUGGAAUUAUUUGAGUCCAUCAUUUGAAUCCAUCAAGAAAACCCGAUUGUUUUCAUUUUUUUUUUAUAUAUAUAAUAGAGAAAAAGACUUAUUAAAUAUACUUAAUUGUAAAAACGUCAAAUGCUUUUAGAUUUCAAUAGAUACUUUUUUGUGACUUGUUGGAUUUUAUGAUACUUAUAUUUGAGACUUAGCGACUUGGGUGGCUUGCUCGCGAGAAGCUUUAUUACGGGCUUCAAUACGGAUCUCGAAGAAGCCACUGCGCGUGUUUAGGAUAAGUUCUCAAAGUUUCUGCUUUACAGCUGCAUUUCUACCGCGUCUCGCGUCGUCACGGUUUUAUUGGAGACCCGUACUUUUAUACCUCGCAGAGAGUAUACAUACGCACACACGAGUAUGUAUCGCAUCUGAUCCACGCCUCUUCUCGCGCUAUCGCGAGGAAGCAGAUGCACGAAUAAUUAAG